AUGGUCCAACAAAGUAGAUCUCAUACAAGUAAAUAUAUAUGUAUAGAAGGUCUUAAUAGUAAUAUAAUGUGGAUGGGGAUUGAAUAUACAAUAAUAUUAUAUUCCUGGAAUGUUCUUAGGAUUGUACUUUUUAAUAUUGGAAUUUUUUAAAUAAGGAUCCUCAAUUUAUGACUUGAUCAAAACUAUUAUAAUAAUGAUUCUUUGUGUUCUUUUAGCUUUUUUGAUGAGACCAGAAAAACUUAAAGAUAGAGAGGCUUCUCCUAUUCCCAAGGUGGAACUUUAGAUGUCGAUUAAAUUUGAUAUAAAGAGUCAAAUUCUUGAAUUAGUGUAAUAAUUAAAGAUAAUAAAUAACUAGUCCGUGGUUAAGAGAAGAAAAAUUUAUAGUUUUUAAUGAUAAAAUGAUAGUGGUUCAUGAAUAAGCUCAAUUAUUGUAAUUUUUUGAUAGCACUGCUGAUGAAGACUAAGAAAUGAGUGACUCAUAAUUAGUAAAAAAUCUUUUAGAAUGUAAAUGUGAUUCCUUAUCUACAGGUUUACUCAAAUUAUUAUAGGGGUAAAGCUAUUGCUAUAUUAGAGUCCUUAACCAAAAAAAAGAGCCUUUCUUAAACCUGAUUUGAAAUCUAUUUGUUAAACACUUUUAGAAAAUGAAAGUUCUUUAUAUAAUUAUUAUUCAGCAGGAGAGAUAGAAAGUAAAUAACUUAAAUUGUAGAACUAAAAAUUCAAUUUUAUAAUCUUGAAUGUGUCAUUAUAUGAAAAUUAUCUUGUUCUUCAUAUUGAAUAAUAAUUAGAACGUAAGAAUUAAUUUAGCAAAUCUUUACAUACUAUAAGUGUUCAUUAAAAUCCCUCCAGUGCUAAUAAUUCUAAAACUGUAGAUAAUAAUACUAUAUCCAGUUCCUUACUAUAUAAUAUUUUUUAAUCUGUUUCACAUGAAUUUGGUACAUAUUUAAAUUGCAUUAUGACUGUAAGCAGAGAAGGUUUAAACAGUUCAAAUAUUAAAUAAGAUAUUAAAGAAAUAUUUUUUGAUCCAAUUUAAAUUAACUCAUAAUUAUUAAAUUAUAUCCUUCGCAACAUUCGUGAUUACAAUUCUAUUCUAUUAUAAUAAUUUACACUAAAACUCUAAGAAUUUAGUCCAUAUCAAACAAUUCUGGAAAUUAUUGAUCUUAUGGAUAAAUAAAUUAAUUUCAGAUCAAAUACAGUUAAAGUUGAUUGUCCAAUUGAUUUGAAAGUAUACAAUGAUGCAGAGAGAUACAAAUAAAUAAUUUAUCAAUUAUUGUCAAAUUCAGCUAGAUUCACUUCUGAAGGAUUAAUUACAAUUGAAGUUACAAUGAAUUAAGACAAAUUAAAAACCAAAAUUACAGAUACUGGAAUUGGUAUGACUAUUUCAGAAUCUUAAAAACUUGCUGAAAUGUUAAAAGACAAUAAGAAAAUGCUAAGAGUAUCUUAGAAUUCAGUUGGAUGUGGAUUAGGAUUAAGUAUUUCAAAUGCUAUUGUAUAGAAGAUGCAUGGAAAAAAAGGAUUAGAAUUCAAAUCUAUAUAAAAUAAAGGAACUGAAUUCUAAUUUUCAAUUAGAAAUUCAUAACAAUUAUAUAAUGAAAGUGCCUAUCAAAAUAGUUAGACAUAUUUAAAAAUUGUUAAUCAAACUUUCUAUGUUGAAUAGUAACCUUCGGAGGCUAGUCUUAAAUAAAUGUUGGCAUCCAAAUAUGAAGCUAGUUUACAUAGUUAAAGUAAUAGUGGGGGAAUGUAUAGUGGAUAAAGAAAUAUUAAAAACUUUUUAAUGAGGAAACAUUCAGGAGAAACAUAAUAAUAGUUUUUGCAUCGAAUUACAGAAAUUAAUUAAAUUAAAGAUAGUGUAGAUAUUGAAUAAAAUGAAGAUGAAGAUGAUGAUGAAAAUGAAAAUGAUCCAAGUUUAUACAAAUAAUCUUUAAUAGUGAUACCUAGUUUAGAAACUAACUUUAAAACCUAAAUUGUACAAUAUAAUAUUAGUUCAAAAUGUUGUAGUAGAGUUUUAAUUGUAGAUGAUGAAGUUUUUAAUAUCCUUUCAAUGUAAUUAAUCCUCUCCAAAUUCUCAGUUAAAAGUGACAAAGCUUGUAAUGGUAUUGAAGCUAUUCGUAAAUGUGAAGACAAAAAACUUAAACCAUGCAAAAUUUGUUCUUGUGCUGGGUAUGCCGUUAUUUUUUUAGAUAUAAACAUGCCACUUAUGAAUGGAAUUGACACUGUUAAAAUAAUUAAAAAAAAAAUUAAUGAAGGUUAGUUUCCUAGAGGACUUUGUAUUGCAAAUACUGGGUAUUGUGAUUUUGAAACCAAAAAGUUUGCUAUUGCUUAAGGAAUGGAUUAUUACUUUACUAAACCAAUUGAUGUUAAGGAAUUAGAAACCUAUUUAAGAUCUAAAUUUCCACUACAUUUAUGA